AUGGCCCCAAGAAAAGGAAAAACGCCAAAAGCAGCCCCAAGGGACCGUGUCCGUCCUAGCCCUGUCGACCAAAACCCAAUGGCAGUACCCAGCCUCGAUGGACAGUCCCUGAAUCCCCGAAGAUCCUCCAGGAUUCGGGCCGUUGCUGUUGAGAUACCAAAAAUGACCGUUUCGUCUAUCAGUUCACCAGCAGCAAUGUCGGAAAGUGAAAGUGCCCAGAGCAAUUCGAAUGUGUAUAAUACACCAGCAACAACUACACUCCCUACACCUAUCGAGUCCGAUAGCAUGCCUUCUAGACGCCCGAAAAGGGUCAGCGCAUCAGCCCGUGCAUUGGAGCUACAAAACAGCUCGUUUGGUCUUAGAUCUGGCCGCAAAAGGAAUGCUGCAGAGCUAACUGUGCAAGAGUCUCUCACCGAAAGCACCGACGCCCGCUUAGCCUUGGCUUUGCAAGCGGAGGAAUAUGGAGAGGAGCACGAUAUCAAAAGAAGAAAGACGUUUAAACCUCCUACUAACCGGAGAAGGGUUGAAAACUCCACCGAUGGAGAUUACGACGAGCUGGAAGAUAUCAGCUUUGGACUUUCAGCCCGUCAAAACAUGGACAAGCGCCCCAUGUCUCCUCCCCGAAACUCAAUUCCCACAACUGAAUCUGACCUUAUUAUUAAAAGUAAAUCGGCUAGAGAUCGUCAAAAUGUGUCCCAUGGUUUAGAGUCUUACUUAGAACUUGACGACGGUUUUAUUACUGACCCCGAGGGGCUGCUGAAUGAUGAUGAUUACUAUGACUUCUACAACUAUGACGAUUCCGACAGCCCCGAAGACCGCCUGUCUUUAGGCGGUGGCUUUGGCUCUGACUCUGAGAAUUCGGAUUCUGCUGCGUUCUUUUCUCUACUUCCGCGGCACUCGAGAUUUCGACCGAAACGACUUACACGGGCCGAAAGGGAGCGAAAGAAGCUCGAAGAACAACAUCCGAAUGUUGCUACGAUGUGGGAAGACCUACAAAACAUUCCAAUUAUUACUCCUGCCCCGGCGCCACAACCUGCGGGUAUUUCUCGGAAGCUCAAACCAUUUCAACUUGAAGGACUGAGUUGGAUGAAGCAACAGGAGCAGUCGCAGUGGAAAGGAGGCCUCCUUGGAGAUGAAAUGGGAAUGGGCAAAACUAUUCAAGCCGUUUCACUCUUGAUGUCUGAUUAUCCUGUUGGGGUUCCGUCCCUGGUGGUCGUCCCGCCUGUUGCGCUCAUGCAGUGGCAGUCUGAAAUCAAGUCGUAUACCGACGGUAAAUUAAAGGUUUUCAUCUAUCAUGGGUCCAACUCCAAGGUGAAAAACAUCACCGUGAAGGAGCUGAAAUCUUAUGAUAUCAUUAUGAUAUCCUAUUCUGGCCUUGAGUCAAUGCAUCGCAAAGAAGUGAAGGGGUGGACUCGCGGCAAAGGUCUUGUGAAGGAAGAUAGCAUCAUCCAUUCCAUCCACUUUCAUCGUCUUAUCCUAGACGAAGCACAUAAUAUCAAGCAACGUACCACCAGUGUAGCCAGAGCCUGCUUUGCUUUAAAAGCUAAUUAUAAAUGGUGUCUGUCGGGCACACCUGUCCAAAAUCGGAUCGGUGAAUUCUUCUCACUUUUGCGUUUCCUCGAUGUCAAGCCUUUUGCUUGUUAUUUUUGCAAACGAUGCCCGUGUGAAGAACUGCAUUGGUCCCAAGACGAGCUCAAACGCUGUGUUCACUGCAAACAUACAAUCAUGCUUAGACGCGUGAAAAAAGACCAUACAGCGUCAAUGGAGCUGCCGCCGAAGAGGCAAUUCGACACAUAUGUCAGCCGUGGGGUCAUGCUGAACAAUUAUGCAAACAUUUUCGGUCUCAUUAUGCAAAUGCGCCAAGUGGCGAAUCACCCCGAUCUAAUUUUGAAGAAACAUGCGGAAGGAGGCCAGAACGUUUUGGUUUGCAGCAUCUGUGAUGAGCCCGCCGAGGAGGCCAUUCGCUCUCGUUGUAAACACGAAUUCUGCCGUCAAUGCGCGAAGGAGUAUAUCCAGUCAUUUGAAUCGCGCGGAGAGCCAGAUUGCCCUCGAUGCCAUAUACCGCUUUCAAUUGACUUUGAACAACCGGAUAUCGAACAAGAAGAAGGUGAAGUUAAAAAGAAUUCAAUCAUCAAUCGUAUUAAGAUGGAGGAUUGGACCUCGUCAACGAAGAUCGAGAUGCUGGUCUAUGAUCUCUACAAAUUGCGAAGCAAGAAACAAACUCACAAAUCCAUUGUCUUCUCACAAUUCACGUCAAUGCUACAGCUCGUCGAAUGGCGACUUCAUCGGGCUGGGAUUAGCACAGUUAUGCUCGAUGGCAGCAUGACGCCUGUCCAACGCCAGAAGUCGAUUGAUUAUUUUAUGAACAAUGUCGACGUGGAAGUCUUCCUCGUGUCUCUCAAGGCUGGAGGUGUUGCGCUCAACCUGACGGAAGCAUCACGGGUAUUCAUUGUUGACCCGUGGUGGAACCCCGCGGCUGAGUGGCAGAGUGCGGAUCGGUGUCACCGUAUCGGGCAGCGUCGGCCGUGUGUGAUUACGAAGCUUUGCAUUGAAGACUCUGUCGAGUCUCGGAUGGUGUUGCUCCAGGAGAAAAAAGCGAAUAUGAUAAAUGGCACUAUUAACAAGGAUCAAAGCGAAGCGCUGGAGAAACUGACGCCAGAAGACAUGGAAUUCCUGUUCCGUGGAAACUAA